GUUAAGCAGACGAAUGAAUGGGCUCUUCCGGAAUGUUGCUAUAGAGACGGCGUCUGAUCUACAAACCUGCUUGAAAACAACGCGGGGUGAAAAAAACAGAAAGAAAAUUAAUUAAAUAAAUGCAUUUGCAAGCAAACUUUUAUCAGGCGUAAACUUUAUAACCAUAUUAACCGCAAAGGUUGUAAUGUGCUGACUGCUGGAAACUUUUUCCGCUGAAACCAAAACAAGUCUUAAAAUGAGUACUUUGCCUGCUAUGCCACAACAUGUGGGGUUCCUUCCCAGUAUAACUUCACAAACAUCCAACCCAUCCCCUGCCCAGCAGCAGCAGCUUCCUAAUUCUAGAUCCUGGAUUCACAAAAAGGAUAAAGAUAUUGGACCAUCACAUGGCUUAGGAGAAAAACCCAAGCAUCCAGAGCUUUCCAAACUAGAAAUCGCAGUUUACAAGAAUUCACACAAACACAACAUCUGUGUAAACAUGCUGCGUGAGGGUUAUCACAAGUCCUUCUCUGAGCUUUUUGCUCUGAUCCAGAAGUGGAACACCUCAAGGGAGGCUGCAGGGCCUGGGUCAGCCAUAUGGCAGGAGGAGCCCCUUGAGAAGCAGCCUGAUAAGCUGGAUCAGCUUCAGCACUUCCUGACCAGGGCCGAGGCUGCCCAGAGAGCAGGCCGUUAUGAGGAGAUGUAUACAAACCAGCUUUCACUGGCCAAUUAUUUCAACAAUUCAGGUGACAAAUGGCUUUCUCAUCACUUCUUUGAAUCAUGUCUCCACACUUCCAAACUGGUCAAAGACGGUGGACAAAAAGAAGCAGAAGCACAUUCAAACAUGGGCAAGGUCUACAUGGAACAAGGUCAGCUGGAGAAAGCAGCCGAACAUUAUGAAGUAUUCCAUCAUCUGACACUGGGGCUGGCAUGGAAGGAUAAGGCAGGGCGCACUCACAACUCAUGGGGCUGUGAGAGUCUCUGGAGGAUUUACACAUUACUCGCAGACAAAAUGCUUGAAAAUAAAAAACACGAGCAGGCCAUCAAAACUCUAAUAAAAGCCUUUGAAAUGGCAAAAGAAGUGGGUGACAAAAAAAUAGAAGGCGAAGCGGCAUAUUGUGUUGGACUGGCCUAUCACAGAUGCGGAGAUCCAGAAACAGCUACUACUUAUCUGAAUAUGUUUAUGGAAAUCUCCACGGCUCUGGGUGAUAGCAAUGGUCUAGGAAAAGCCUUCGAAGCUAUGGCCAAAGCCCUUGAAAGUCAGGGUAAAAUAACUGAAUCUGUUAAGUAUCUGGAAAAGUUUAUUCAGGUGGCAAAGAGCAGUGACCAGAGUCGCAGUUUGCAAGAUGCAUGUAUGUGCCUCGGAGUCAUUUAUAAUAAUAGGGGUCAAUAUGACAAAGGCUGCAAGUAUUUUGAGAUGGCUUCUACAAUCGCCAUGAAUUUAGGAGAUCUGCAGCUGCUGGAGAAAGCACAAGUUUACAUCGGCAUUGGCAAGGCACACCAGAUGACCGCAUUUAGCCGUCACAUCGAAGCUACUGGACAUGUCAACAUGGAGAGGGUGCUGGCAUGGAAGAAUAGUCGAAAUGACAUGUUCAACGAUCCAAGUGCAGUCUAAAGAAAAAACAGACUAAGGAGAAACUGAAGGAUCAACUACAGAUGAUAGAAAAAGAAGAAACUCCCGUGAGCACCUCAUUAGCUGCAAAAGAUCAGAAAGAAUCAGAUAAAUAAACUUCUGUCAGUCACUGUGAUUGUAUUCUAUACC